AUGCAAUGCAGAUGUACUGUAGCGUUCUCACUAGUAAGAUGAGCAAACCAAAUAUCUUCAUUUCAUAACUCCAAUGCACCCGGCGCUUCUAGAUCGGGAUUAGUUUAUUUUUUUGGAGAGCGGAAGUAGACGGAGGAUGGAAUGAGGGGUGUGAUUGGACACGGCGGAGUGAUCAGGGAGGUAUUGCACUGUUGCUAAAAGUAAUAGAAAAAAAGAUCCCGAAGUGAAAGAAACAUAAAUGCAAUUAUUAAUGAUCAGUUUACGAGACUUAAAGAAGUAACGAGGACAUGAUCGAUUGAAUGCGUGCUGCCUAGACCCGACACAGGGACGUGCUGCACGGCAGCGGGAGCGAGAAAGGAAAAAAACAAAUAAAAAAAACACUGGAUUCUGAAAACAUGGAGACUGGGGGAGAGACAGCUGAGGAAUAAGUUGCAUUUUCUACUUCAAGUGAAAGUCUGCUGAACAAGGGCGUUGAGAAUUCUGAUCCUUGGAAUUGUAAAACUCCAGCGUUCUAUGCAACUUUCUUUUUUUUUGCUGGGGUUAAAAAAAAAAAGUGUUUAGCCGGGAUCUGAUUUUGGGGACUUGGAAGAUCAAAGGAAGUAAAGUUUUCUGCUGAAAUAACUGGACUGUUUUCCCGAGGAGUAGUGUGCGGUGGAGGAUAACAAUACACAUGAAACGACAUUUUAUGCACGAAAUUAAUUCAUGCGCAUCCUGUCGUUUCUUUAAAACGAGCCCGUGUUUUUAAACGUGUAAUUGGAAAGUCUUUGAAAUUACAGGAGAAAUAGGAGAAGCGGUUAGGAAAGAACACUUUUCCCGGAAAAUAGGAAACGCGGAAAAGGCCUAAUUCGGGACGGCGAGAAUUUCGGAAAACGGGAUCUACUGGAAGUGGGACUACGAAGCUGGUGAUUGCAAAACUCCCAAUUCAGACACGGAUUGAUGCUCGGCGGUGUGCAAGUUUCCGUGAAUCUUGUGGAAAAAAAACGGGGUCCGCGGCUCGGGUUGGACAUUUCACGAAUCAGACGGGAUGCUGAGAUGGAAAACGCACUGAAGAAAAACUGAAAAUAUUAAAUCGGGAGGAAACAAGGUGAUGAGAAACUGGCUAAAUGAAAAAAAGAGGAAUCGUCCAAGGAGAUAAAGACACAGUGGGAAAAGAAACUGGAGUUAUUUUGCAAGGAGACAGAUGAUCAAAAGGAAUUUGUACUGGAGUUGCGGCGGCGAUAUUGACAAAGGCGAUUGAUACAGCCAGGCAGGCAGGCAAGCGUAUUUCAGAAUCUCUUGCAGUUGGUUACAGGAAUGCACAUUCUCGCAUAAAUUGAACAUUUUCCAAUAACACUGGAGGAUUUGGGAAUUAUCAUUUUUUUAAAGAUUUUUUUUUUUUUUAAGAUUAUUUCUUAAAAGGAUCGUUAAGUCCGUAUAUAUUUAAUUUUAGUGCCGGGGUGAUGAUUCAACGAGGGGAAAAUAACAAAACGUAACACUGCAAAACUGGGUUAUCAAGAUUUACGUGCAGAAUAUACAAUAUAUAGGCCUAUAUAUAUUUUUAAUUCAAAUAAUAUUUAGUCCAACUUGAAGGAUACCUGGAAGAAAAACCUGCAGCUUUAUUAUUUUUUUUUUUUAAGACGGGAGGAUUUUUAUGUUUUGUUAAAAUGCAAAUUGGAUAAAACACCGAAGAGAAAAAUAAUAACCCUCGUAGCCCAAUGAGCGGCUCACAGCCUACGAUCACUGACAGGUUUCCCAUCAGAAAACCAACCAGGCACGGUAGCAUUCUCAGCAAGGACCCUCCCCCGGACAAGAAACACAAGAGCGACAAACCGACUGUGUCACCGCAGGAGUUCGACCCUACAGACCACACCCUCAGGAAGAGCAAAUCUUUUCUGGACACCAGUAAACCCGAGGCCUAUGGUUUGGUUCAGCGCUGUGUUAUAAUCCAGAAGGAUGACAAUGGCUUUGGGCUGACGGUCAGUGGAGACAACCCUGUCUUCGUGCAGUCUGUCAAAGAAGAUGGCGCUGCGAUGCGUGCUGGAGUGCAGACUGGGGACAGGAUAAUCAAGGUUAACGGCACCUUAGUGACUCAUUCAAACCAUGUAGAAGUUGUUAAGCUGAUUAAAUCUGGCUCCUAUGUGGCGCUCACAGUGCUGGGUCGUCCCCCAGGGUUACCCCACAUCCCGCUGUCAGAAUCCGAGAGUGAUCCAGGGGCCCUGACUUCAGUGACCUCUCCCAACUCCCCCGGACAGACCGCGUCCAGCAUCACCGCCCCCCAGCCAGUAUGGCAUGAAAACAACAGUGUCCACAACCAGAAGGUGGACAUCCUGCAAAAGAUGUUAUCGAAAGAGCUGCAGGAUUUGCAGGCUAUGAAGGAGGAGUAUAGCCGGAGCCCCACCCCGAAGCUACAGAAGGAGAUUCAGGAGGCGAAGAAGCACAUUCCUCAGCUGCAAGAGCAGCUCAGCAAAGCUACCGGCGGGGCACAGGACGGGGUUCAGUCCUCUCGUCCCCCCUCGGAGUCCCUGCAGAUCAGUGAAGUUGAGGAUACCUCUGAUGGGGACCAGACCCUGUCCCCUCGCAUGGACGCCAGCGGGACAGACACACGGCCCAACAGCGGGGCGGUCGACGUUACAUCAAACUUUUCCUCCGCCUUCACGGACAGCCACUGCCAAAGUGAUACUCCCUCCCACAGCCCAAAGACGGUGCCCAAGGAUGGAGUGAACUCCUUCGAAACGACCCACACUGAAGACACCCCUGACCAGAACUCCCAUUUCCAGUCCAGUGUGGGCAGCCCCGCGUCCCAGCUUGGAACACAGAUCAUCGGGGCAGAGGAUGACUACUUCGAUACAGAGCAGGAGCAGGUGAACGGUCAGUGCAGCUGCUUCCAGAGCAUGGAGCUGCUGAAGUCUCGUCCUGCACACCUGGCUGCUUUCCUCCAUCACGUCGUCUCGCAGUUCGAUCCUGCGCCGCUGCUCUGCUACCUCUACGCUGACCUGUACAAGCAUACGAAUUCCAAAGAGACCCGCCGUGUCUUCAUGGACUUCAACACCUUCUUCAUGGACCGAGGGGCGAAUCUGAAGGUUGCUGUUCCAGAUGGGAUCUCUUCGGAACUUGAGCGGAGGAGGCCGGAGUUCAUUCCAGAGGAGUUGCAUCGCCAGUACAUCCAGCUCAUGCAGGACACCCUGUUAACAGACAUCCAGAAGAACCUGGAAGACUUCAGGCAGAAACGCAGCAUGGGCCUGACCCUGGCGGAGAGUGAGCUCACCAAGCUGGACAUGGAGCGGCUCCGAGACCGUGUGGGGAUGGAGAGGGAGCGCUCCUGCGCAGAGCAGAUCCUCUCCAAGAUCGAGGAGGUUCUGUUAACCUCGCAGCCCACUGAAGAGGAGAAAUGCACCACCAUGCAGUACGUCAUCCUCUCCUACAUGAAGCACCUGGGGGUGAAGGUGAAGGAGCCUCGCAACCUGGAGCACAAACGAGGGCGAAUGGGGAGCUUCCUCCCCAAAAUCAAGAAGAGCAUAAAGAACGAGAAGGAGGGCGAGGAGAAGGUGAAGAAGCCGCGCUUUCCCAGCAUCCUCGGCCAGCCCCGCAGACCCAGCCGCAAUGACAGCAGCGCAAUCGGACGUGCCGUGGAGCUCCACAACAAGCGUCCGCAGAAGCAGUCCUCGCAAGCACCCUUCAACAUCCCCGAGCACUCGGAGCCCGGGCGAGGGCGACCCAGCCUGUCCAGCGAGGGCUCGGAGCCGGCACACACCCCCUGCGUGAUAACCUCCCCUCCUCCCAGCGCCCCCGACCCGGACACUGGCCAGUCCCCCUCCUCUGCCCCCCCUAGGCCAGGGGAGGCUCUUCUCUCUGGGGACUCUGUGGAUCUGAUGUCUCGGACCCCCACCAACGUCUUUGAGUUCCCCAGCUCCCCCCUGGAGCACCUGCCAGAGGAGGACCAUGAGAGUGACAGAGUCUACGAGGGGGGAACACCCAGGCCAGUCAGAAGGAUGGACACGCUGGGCUUCAUCGAGGUGCAGAGCGAGGAUGAUCAGAGCUACGAGCUGGAGGCAGACCCUCCAAACUGGCAGCAGCUGGUGAGCCGGGAUGUGCUGGCGGGACUGACGCCCCACGAGAUCAAGAGACAGGAGGUCAUCAACGAGCUGUUCUACACGGAGCGCGCUCACAUCCGGACGCUUCGGGUGCUGGACCAGGUGUUUUAUCAGAAGCUUCUUUCCCGCGAUGGGAUCCUCCCCCCGGCCGAGGUCAAACACAUCUUCAGCAACCUGGAGGAGAUCCUGCAGCUGCACGCUUCUAUAAUUGAGCAGGUGGCAACAAUCCGAAAAAAGAACGAAACCUCAGUGAUCGACCAGAUAGGAGACGACCUGCUGUCAUGGUUCAGCGGCAGCGAGGAGGAGAAGAUCAAGCGAGCGGCCGGCACCUUCUGCAGCAACCAGCCCUUCGCUCUGGAGCUCAUCAAGACGCGACAAAAGAAGGACAACCGAUUCCUCACCUUCAUACAGGAGGCGGAGAGCAAUCCACUGUGCCGUCGGCUCCAGCUGAAGGACAUCAUCCCCACGGAGAUGCAGAGACUGACCAAGUACCCACUGCUGCUGGAGAACAUCGCCAAGUACACAGAGGACGCCGUGGAGAAGGAGAAGGUGAAGCGGGCCGGGGAGUGCUGUCGGCAGAUCCUCAACUACGUAAACCAGGCCGUCAAGGAGUCUGAGAACAAGCAGAGACUGGAAGACUACCAGCGGAGACUGGACCUCUCAUCACUGAAGCAGAGCGAGUACCCCAUGAUCGAGGAAUUCCGGAAUCUGGACCUGACCAAGAGGAAAAUGAUCCACGAGGGGCCUCUGACCUGGAAGGUGAAUAAAGACAAGACAAUCGAGCUGUACACGCUGCUGCUGGAGGACAUCCUAGUUCUGCUACAGAAGCAGGAUGACCGGCUGAUACUCAAGUGCCACAGCAAGAACCUGGCCGGCACUGCGGAGACGAAGCACAUCUUCAGCCCGGUCAUCAAGCUCAACUCCGUGCUGGUGCGGCAGGUCGCCACAGACAACAAAGCCUUCUUCGUGCUCUCCAUGUCCGAUAACGGGGCUCAUAUCUACGAGCUAGUGGCUCAGACCGUGUCGGAGCAGAAAACGUGGCAGUAUGUGAUCACGCAGAGGGCUGGCUCCAUCAAAACCAAACCGCUCAGUGUGAUUGCCUUAACUCAGCCAGCUCCAGCCAUCAAUGAUGGGGACCGCGAGGAAGAGGAGGAGGUCAGCACCACCGCGCACCAGAAACUGAGCAAAGAGUCCGAGCGCAUCUCCACGGGCAGCAUCCAGUCCCCAGAGAAAGAUGUGGACGUCACGUCUCCGGUGGCUCUGCAGACGACCCCGUCAAGCCCCUCCCCCUUUGAGGUGCUCAAGCCUGGGGAGGGGGGGGAGGGGGCCAGCUUCCCGGAGUCCGUGCUGGACGAGCGACCCCCCUUCAUGCAGCAGCGCUCCCGCCAGGCCAUCGCCAUGGACGACGAGGAACUGGUGGCCUUCGACUUCCCCCCCUCCCCGUACAGGGCAGAAGAAGCCUUGAAGAACUUGAUGGCGCUGAAGCAGGUGCUGCUCACUCACUUGUUACUGGAGGAGGAAGGCAGCGAGGAGUCUCACUUCCGACACCGCUCCUCCGCGGAGAGCAGCAGGGCUGUGUCUCAGCGAGGCUCCCUCGACAGCAGCGUGGCCAGAGCCCACGAGCUGAGGUCAGACCGGGCUUCCACUGCCAGCGAGCCAGCCAGCCCACGGACACCGGAGAACAGCCCGGAGAGGGAGGCAGCGCUGGUGAACAGUGAGGGGGCCAAAGUGAGAGGAGAGGAGGCAGCGCCAGGGGAGCAGAUGGCAGAACAGUUCUUCGAGAGCGCUGAGGGAUAUGCAGAAAGCUACCUGAUCCUGGAGGGGUACGGGGGUGUGGGUGAGAGCAGCACAGACGAGGAUUUCCUUGGGGUCGCCGGGGAGCUGAACCGGCGCCGAGAAUCAGCGGGGGACUCUGCGAUUGACCUCAAGAAGCUCCUCUCUUCCUCCUCCUCGCGGCGGGUCUCCUCCAACACCACCUCCGAGCUCAGCCGGCAGGUCAUGGCACACAUGGGGCUGCUCCAAGCCAACCUGCACCAUCUCAAGGAGGUCGAGACCAGGUAUAAUAUAUUAUGCCAAAGGCUGGCUGGAUCAGCUUCCGACACAGAGGAGAACAAAGAAAAGAGUUAGUGCUGGCAGUACCCCCCCACCACCCCCCCACCCUUUGUCCCGCCCAGAGAGAUGAUGAGGGGAAUCAGUGAGGGGUACGUCUGCUGCCCUUGAUACACCCCAGAGUGACCCCGGCACGGCCUGCAGCCAUCGAGGCGAGGGCCCACCCCAUCCCUCCCCUCUGGAGUGUGGGUCAGGCAGGCAGGAGGAGUCCCUGCAGCCCCCCUUUCACUUCCGUCUGCACUAGCCAAUCGGGGAAAGACUGUUCAACCAAACAGCUGCUGAUAAUUCCCUGCGUGUCUCUGCGUUGCUCCAGUACACCGCUGUUGUGUGUUUUUUUUUUUUUUUUUUAAAUCAUCCUCUUCUGGUUUAUCAAUGAACGAAAUGAAGAAGAAAGGAAUACCAAAUGUACAGAGCUUUUUUUGGGUGUAGGAUAUAUUAAAAAAAAAAAAAUUGUAUUUAGCAUUCUUUUUUCUUCAAGAUAACAAAAUCAAGAUGUAUUUAUUUGACUUUUUUCCCAUUUUUGUUUUAAAAGCACAUUUUAACUUUUCUUUUAUUUUGAUGAUGAUAAAGUGUUCACCAGUUUUUGGACAGUUUGUAUUGAACCCCCCCCCCCCACCAUUUAGAAUGAACUUGCAUGCUAUUGGUCCUCCUAAACUCAAGGGGGCGACCCUCUUUCUUGCCAUGCACUAAACAAAGGUCUAGCCGAAGCACUAAGCUCUGCUGCUGGGUAGAGAAAAGCAAUGCACCAUGCCCAGGAGCUGAAAACAAAGUCCCCCAAUUUGAGACGCUAACACACUCAGGUGCCCCUGUUCCCUCUAUAGAGGGAGGGAGUCAUUAAUAACAUGCCUUGAAUAAUAGAGACCCAUGCCCCUCGACUAGAGCAGACAUGCUGAACUGCAGUAGAUAAAUCCACACUAGCCAAUCCUAUUGAAAUAGCUACAGUACGCUGAGUUGAAAGCCUGUGGGAUUGUCAAGUAAAUCAUUUUCUGUUUUUAAAAGCAAUGAUGACGACCAAUGUACAGGGAGGGAGCUGUGGCUUCAACUCCCCUGUGCUGGUCCAGUAGUAUAUGAUCCACGCAGCACAGAGGGAUGACAGUCCUGAUUGAAUUUCAAGGGCAUGCUUGAUCUCCGAGGUCAUCCUUGGGAGAAAAAAAUAAAAUAAUUCUGUUCCAAAAACCACAGUGUCCCUACGGGCUUUCCUUUCACUAUUAUACAUAGUUGCAGUCUGUGGAGUUUCUCAUGUUGUCAAACGAGAGGAAUUCAGUUUGUGAUUUAAACCUUUGCACUACAAGUACAGCAUGAAACCAGUUGUAACACUGUGGACUGUUUCAAACCAGAUGAACCAGGCUUGCCGUCUUUAUUUCCCUUCUGCUUGGCAUAACGCCGGCAACAAUGUUAACAGAGAGUUUUCAAUUACAAUCAGUCUAGCAAGCAGAACGUUAUUUUGUUAGUGAUGGAGUGGGUUUCCUCGAGCAUGGGAUAACUUGGUUUAUCGUAGCAGACAGACUACUAUUUAUAACAGGAAGAAUGAUUUCAAGUUGUUUUAGUUUUGUUUUUUACGUAACCCGAGUCGAUUUUUAAACAUUUUGUUUUGGUGUAACUUACUGUCAAAAAUGAAAUGUUUGAACUUCCUCUCCAAAUAGUGGUCCAUAAUAUAAAAAUCUAUAUAUAUAUAUAGAUAGACAGCAUUUAUUUUUAUUUUACAAAUUUGUUUACAGUGUGAUCUCUUGGGAAUUGGCUAGCAUUUUUAUUUAAUUUGACAAAUGUGUUUACAGUGUUACUCCAGAAGGUGUCUCUGUCAAUGAGAAAAUAGUCUUUUUGAUAACAUGUACUGUACACCUUUCAUCAUUACCCAAGUACCCAGCCCUUGUAAUUUCAGAAAAUACUGUCUCCAGACUGUACCCUAACUGUGGAAUGUGGAGUAUGCUAUUGCUAAAUAAUCCUAUUUUUUUUCUUUAAAAAAAUGACGCCUCAGUUUUUUGAAGUUGCUGUAGAGAUUUCUUGGGAAUUGGCUGCAGACCACACUGUAUAAUCCCAGCAUCUAGCAAUAGGAAUGUCCUUGCUUCGGAAAUUGCAUUAAUUCAGAAUUCACACUGGAGGAUGAAGAUGAACCACAUUCAAAGCUGUUCUCUCCCAGCGCUGGACUAUCUGUGUUGGCUUUUUUUUUUUUUGAAGAUGCAAAACUGAAUAAUUGUUACAGAUUAUGGACGAUGGGUACCGAGAGAUUUCGAGGGAAAAGAAAAACGGAUGGAUUUUUUUUUUCAAGUGUAAAAAUUGUAAAUUUAUUUGACCAAUAGUCCUUUGUGACAUUGCAUCUCAAAACCUAUUCCUAAUAAUUAUUUUGUUCUGCUUUCUACACCAUACAAUCAUUUACUCUUUUAACAGAUUACUAAAAAAAUAAAAUAAAAAUAAAAAAAACUAUUUCUUAAGCUA